GAAAUGUGCUAUAAUUUUCGUUCUAUGCACCGUCGCUUUUGCUAUGAAAAUCGACGAAACCAAUCUAAACUUUCGAGUGGAAGCCGGAACACAGACAUGCUUUUUCGAGAAUGGCAAACCUGGACAGUUCCUGGAGUUAUAUUAUCAGGUAUUAGACGGCCAGCACGGGGACUUGGACAUAUCAGUUGAUAUCCAGAAUCCAGACGGAACAAAGAUCUUAACAGAUUAUAAGAAAUCGCAGAACUCUAUCAUACUGGAGUUGGAGCAGGAGGGCGAUUAUGUCAUCUGUUUGGACAACACAUUCAGCAUGAUGAACUCUAAACUUGUGUUCAUAGAUGUAGUGCUAGAAGACCGCACCAACAGCAGUGAUGCAGAGGUCACCAUUGUCAACGAAGAAGGCGAGGAGCUAGAAGAAAUUGUGGAUUGGGUGGGCACAGAUACGCAAGGCAACACCUACAAUUUGGAUGUAAGAGUCAUAAUAAGCUCCCUGACCCGGUGCUUGGAGUAUGUGUUGAAAGCUCGACACAUGCUGGAUGUGUACAGUGCUAUCAAAACUAGAGACAGCUAUGUAGCCAUGGAGGAAACAUUUAUUGUAGACUUUUGGUCGGGACUCCAAGUUACUUUCAUGAUCAUUGUAGGUCUACUACAGGUUUACAUGAUAAAAAAAUUAUUCCAUAAUCCAAAUUCACAGCAGAAAACAUUAUUAUGUACAUAAUACUAAAUUAAAUCUGGUAAAAAUUUGUGCAGUCUAGUUUUUUAUCAUGCAAAAUUGUUUUAAUGAUCCAAA